AUGGCACGGGAUUUCUCCCCGUUACACUUCGACUUCUCUUUAAGUUUGGGCGGCGGAUUCUCUCUGUAUUCUUUUCAUCAUUACUCCUCCAUCUUUAUACCGGCACUUUUUUCAUUUUCUUAUAUUAUUAUUAUUUUAAAAAUAUUUUUCAUCUCUUUCUUCGCUUUUAUUCAUUUAUCUUCCUUUUCUAUCCUUGCUUUGUAUUCAUUUUAUCUGCUUUCAUUCGUGAACUUACUUUUUUAUUUUUUUUUUAUCAUUCAUUCUUUCCGCAUAUACAUUCAUUCUUUUUCGUUCUCUAAAAAAAAAGUUUUACCUUUUUUUUCUUUCUUUUUUUUUCUUUUUUUUUCUUUUCUUUCUUUCUUUCUUUCUUUCUUUUUUUUGAUUUUUCCUUUAUUCUUUCUUAUAUAUUUUCUUUGCCUCUUUCUAUUUUCUCAAAGUUUUAUACAUUCUUUCUUUCUUUCUUUCUUUCUUUCUUUCUUUCUUUCUUUCUUUCUUUCUUUCUUUCUUUCUUUCGCCCUACCCAAACCAAGUCUACUUCUCUCACUCGUCAUACACUUCAUUGGCCCUUCCUCCCUUGCCAAUAAUCCAGCACAUCUUUGCACGCCUCGUUUUCCCUUUUUUCCCACUCUUCUCCCUAACUCACCGCUGACCUUAUGUCCCUUGAACCAGCGAGCCUACUUGCGCUCUCACACCUCUUCAAAACCCUCCAAUUAA